UCUAGUUUCUUGCGUUUAACGUCAACACGAGUUCAAUUUACCCGGCUUCACGACGUCCGAAAUCGUACACGGCAAAGCAACAGCAAAGAACUUUGCCUUAAAAUCGAGCUGUUCUUUGCUUCCUUCUCCACGAAAUUCGUGUAUUUCGGAGGACGGCUGGUCACUGGAAAAAUGCCGCAGUGGAGUAAAGGGAAGAGUGUGUUGAUGACCCCGGAUCCGUACCACACACCGGGGUACUGUGGGUUUUGUCCCCAGUUCAAGUUUCAGAUCGGCGAGACGUUCGGCCGGACCACCUCUCGCCUGCUGACCAACCCAACUGUGGCGAGCUCGGGCCGGCCCGUCUUGGCCGACAUCAGUCCAGUCAAAGGCCCGGAUUCUCAGGUUACAGGGGAGACAAAGCGACUCGCUGCCAGAGGAGAUGUCUUGAGGAGUAGACGGGCCAGCUUUGGAGACCAGAAGCUUGGAGAGACAAUGGUCCCUGGGUAUACAGGCUACAUUCCGAAAGGUGAACAUUACUUCGGGGAUCGUUACGCCGAAAACUGUCGCAACGCUAUCGCUGAAUUUGAGCUUGAACAGCGAAAUCAUAAGUCCAAGACCACUGCUAUGGAACGGGUACGGCACAUCCAGGCAGGCCGUAUCGAACCAACGGAACAAGAGAAAAAGGAAUCGCCAUUGCGUUGCCGUGGUCCUCUGAAGCCGAUCAAGAAAGACAUCGCACCUCUUGUGUACGGAAAACCGAACGAGCAGCAACAUUCCACUUCACCGUACUACAUGGCUCAGCAUGAUCCUCAGAAAUUCUUCAUGUCAGGCUACACUGGUUUUAUCCCAAAGUCCCGCGGGCUGAUUGGGAUGAGCUAUCCCAUCAUCACCAAUUACGCCCUCAACGAAUUCACUAGCGAUCCUCGUCAUGCAAUAAGCCGUUUGCAGGGGGCACCAGAGAAAGGAGAAACGACAGUAAUAAGAGGUUGCAUCAAAUUACCUCGGUUGGACCCCAAUAUCAUAUACCCAACCGAUUCUGGGCUUGUUCCUCACUACACGGGACACAUUCCAGGCCAGAAGUUCCGCUAUGGUACAACCUUUGGUCACAGCACCCGCAAUGCAAAACGAGUCCGAGUCAACAUGGGUGAGGCAAUCGCAUCUAAGUAGUCAGAUUACAACUCGGCAAUUUCUAGUAUGAGUCUCAAAGAAUCAAUCAUCGAUGCACUUCAUGAAUUUGAAUUCGUAAAUCUUUAGAUCUCUGUAGCUUCCUCCUGUCCAACAUGUCACAAUGUUUUCAUGAAGAAAGCCGUGAACAAAAUCACUGCCAUUAAAAAACUUACAUUCUUUGAGGUGCAUACCGCUGUAGUAAUGAUUUCCAAGAAUAACUGAAUAUAUAUUACAAGUAAGAAGAUGUGAAUGUUGAACACAGCAUUUUCUGAUGUUAAUUCAGGAACUGACUUUUUGACAUGAAGCUUUAUCAUUUUCACAGAAUGCUUUAUUUCAAAUAAAACAGCAUUUAGAUUA